AUGUGGGCAGAACGCCAGCACGAUGAAGGAAAAGGUUGGCUUCCGCGAUCGCGGAAUGAGGAAUGCGAACGCGAAGAACAAAUAUUCCCUCCUCCAAAAUUACUCAUCGCGAACACGGAGGAGCAGACGCGAACGCGAAGGAGAAAACCAAAUGACAUAUAUCAACAGUCCAAAAAUAGAAGUGCAACAGAUUUUUACUCUAUGCAGUCGCAUGGAGAGGAGUGCGAUCGCAUAGUGCAAAAUUUGGAGGCUGCUGUUUUGGCUUAUGCGAAUGCAUGGAGAGAACUUCUCCCUACAAUGUUGCCAGUGCCUUGGAAGUGUCUUAUGUUUAAGAAUGAUGCCAGACCUAAAGCAGGUUUUACAAUGUGGCUACAACUACAUAGGAGACUAGCUACAACAGAUCGACUAGUGAACUGGGGAUUAGCAGUGGACACUACAUGCACACUAUGCCAGAAACAACCGGAAACAAGAGAAAAUCUUUUUGCUGAAUAUGAAUUUACUAAAGCUAUAUGGAGAAAAAUGCAGCAAUGGCUACAACGGCUACCAACAAAAGGAAUACAAGUGCAGACAUGGAACCAGCACUCAUAA